UUAGUCCUCCAUGCAACAGAAAUCGAGCGCAGGUGUCUGAAAGCACGCCUCCCCUCACGGCCGAGAGAGGAGAAAUUCCCUCGACUGUCGACUAGAGCUUCUGAUAAGGACGAGACUGGUGGAGUUCUGAUCGCCCGGAGAGUGCGUAUGAUGAAAGCCUCUGGAAUUUGUCAGCCGGCUCACACCAUGCGUUACUGAUAUCCGGAGGGAUGGAUGGGAACAGGAGGAGCCUCGAGAAAUGACCUGCUGAAGUCAUGGUCAUCGAAGAGCAAUUCAGGGUGCAACUUGUUUGAAAAUGGCGAUUGAGAUCAGAGAUCAUUCUUCCUCUUCUUGUAGGUUCGAAGAACGGUCUUGAGUCUCAUGACCGGAUCGGUGUGGGAGCCGUCGAGAUGAUGAGUGGGGAGGUUCUCUUGACUUACAGCAAUAAGGCCCUUCUGGGUUUAAUGCUGCUCUUGCUGCUGUUAUGCAAUCUCCACCUUCUACGAGGCAGCACCACGAGCAGUUCCGAAGCUGCACAGGUUCAAGGUUUGUCAGCAGUGGAUCGCUGUGGCAGUCCUGUGUCGUGCAGAAAACCGGAGGCAAUUCUUCAAUUGGAGAUUCUCUUGAUGGCAUGCAAAAUGGCAGCCCAGGGCCGGGAGAUACCUGUAGAACGUGAUGAGUGCUGCUUGACCAUCAGGGCCCUGGAUCCGCCUUGUCUAUGUCGGGCCUUUGAUCUAGCUCUUCAUUACCCUCCGUUCCACCUUAACAUCACCGCUGCUCUAGGAUUACCACGACAUUGCGGAUACAAUGUGCCCGCCAACUGCAUCUGUAAUGGCUUCAAGGUGCCAAGUUAGAUGUCAAGAUCAUUGCUUGAAAGGACUUCCAGAAAACAGGGUACCCUUGUAAAUGUCAAGAGAGUUGAUGGUUGAAUUACGAACUUAGCAGUUAAACAUUUUCUGAAGCCAGCAGCAGAAGACGAGUCAUCUUGGCAAGCGAUGCAGAUCGUUGUUGUGAGGAGAGGACACGAGAGAAUUCCGACUUGCCAGAUAGGAGUCGCAGAGCUUUUUUUUCCAAGAAGCAUUGCAGAGCAUGUAUGUUAAAUGGCAAGCGCAGCAAUCCUUCCGACAGAUGUAUCACCAAGAACUUAGAUUCGAAAUCUGUAAAUUGUAUCCUGAAACUCAUUUAGAUUCAAUUCUUACACAGCUUGGAUUCUACGAGUUGUUUCGUUGGAAAGCUUUUGUUGCAGGAGGUAGGGAUGAGUCCGUGCCUGAAAGAAAUGGAACUUUCCAAUUUCCAAUUCUUUCAGGCACAGAGACUAUAAUUGUAGGGACCAUUCUCGACAUAAUGAGUCUGCCCUCUUUUCUCAGUUGCUACUUUCUUCUCUGUGCAUGUCUCUCAGCUUUUGAGGUCUUUUCAGGACCGAUAUUUCUA